AUGGACAUGGACAGCUUUGCCGCUCGCGAUCUAAGACUGCUGACCGAGGUUGCAGCCGGCCCGCCGGCGCCGUCGCCAGUAAGCGCGGCAAGCCCGGCGGCUGCACCGUCGGGCGUCGAGGUGCUCUCUGACGAAGCGCGGGUUGAUCUGCUCAUGGAGAGCUCGUUUCAUGGCCUGCCGCUGCAGCUGUCGAUGGACCUGGAAGCCGACGGGCCGGCCGAGCUGGACGGCAAAACCAUUCCGUCGGUGCUGGCGGUUGAGCACGCGCUUGUGGAGACCCAGCGCGUCUCACGAUACCUUUACGGGAGUAAUGUCAAGCUAGGCACAACACCGCGGCAUCUGACGUCGUCGCCGCUGCACAAGACGCUCGGCAGCCUCAUCAACAACUUUGCGGCGACUGCGAGCCUCGACGAUCUGGCGCCGCUGUUGACUGCGGCAAGCGAUGAGAGUAGCGGCAACAGCGCGGUGGACAAGACGUGGUGGCUUGACAUUGCCUCGCCUACCGAAGAUGACAUGCGUGUCCUUGCGCGGCUCCUGCAUCUACACCCGAUCACAGUGGAGGAUUGCCUUACCGGCGAGUCGCGCGAAAAGUGGGAGGUCUUUGACGCCUUUCCACGAGCGUAUCUCUUUUGCGUCGCGCAUGAGCCAUCGCGGGAUAGCUUUACAUCGAGCGCGGCAGCGAGCCCAGGCGCGCUUGCGGCAACAAGCCCGGUGAUGGCGAUCGUGACCGCAACCGGGAUUGUGACGCUCCAUCACGAGCCGGUCGACUCUGUAGCAGCUGUCAUCCGGCGGCUGGCGGUGGUGUACUCGGGCCGGAUCCCGUCGCCCGACUGGAUCUUGUACGCAGUGCUUGACGUCGGAGUUGAUGUCUUUGACGGCAUCACGACAAGUAUUGUGGACGGAAUCUUUGCAGUCGACGAUCUGGUCCUGGUCCUGCCGGCGUCUGAGGAGUCGGACAUGCUGCGGCGGAUGAAGGUCGUGCGGGCUAAGCAGGCGCAGCAGCGGCGAGUGCUGUUGCCCAAGAAGAACCUGCUGUUGACGCUCUCGUCGCGGGAGAUUGCGUACAUCUCUCAUGCGGUUCAGAUCUAUCUCCGCGAUGUACUGGAUCACACGGUGGAGCAGCUGCAGGCGCUCGAAGCGACACGCGACAUCCUCAAUGCUGCACACUCCAACUAUCUGGCCUCGAUCCAUCUCGAGCUCACGCGGUCGUCGAAGAAGAUCAACGACGAGAUGGCCAAGCUAUCAAUUGCGGCAACGCUUUUCCUCCCGCUCACGCUCAUCACCUCACUGUGGGGCAUGAACGUCAAGGUUCCUGGCGAGGAUGCGGGCGUGUGGUGGUUUUGGGUUUAG